AUGUUCAAACUGCUUCUCAUUUCAACUUGUCUUAUUUCUGUUGCAUUUUCAGCUCCCCGUCGUCCAACUGGUGACGAGUACCGAGCCGAACUGGUUGCCGCUGGACUUUCCACUUCAGCUGUUGAUGGAAUCAUGAAGAUUAGUGAAGAGGCAUACAUAGCAUUCUCGAAAUAUGGAAAGACACCGAACUUUCAAGAUGCGAUAGAGGCGGUUACCAAGCUGAUGUUCAAUCUGGAAGAUUUCAUUAAAACUCAAUCAAAAGAAGAUCAAACGAAGUAUGCUGCCUAUUGUGAGAAGAAGAAAGAAGAGUAUAAGAAUUGA